AAACCUUUUGCUUCAUUUCCAUCUUUCUUCAAAAACAUCUCAUAGCUCAGCUUAUUGCAAGUCUCUAUUCUUUGGAUUUCUUCUCACGAUUCCUCAAAUGGUAACAAUAAUUAAAGAUGAAAAGAAAAUAUUUCUUUCAAGGCCACACUCAAUAAAUGGUGACUCAGAGGUGGAUUCUCCUAAGUCAAUCCAAAGAAUUUCAAGUCUUUUCAAGAAUAUAAAACCAGGCUUUGAUCUCACCAAUUUCAAGCUGCCACCACUAUUCAACCUUCCAAAGUCUCAUCUUCAGUGUUAUGGGGAAACAGUUUAUUGCAUGGGCACCGACAUGCUUAGUAGAUGUAAUCAAGCUGAUAGCCCUGUGGACAGAUUCAUAUCGGUUGUGGCUUGGAACAUUUCUACGUUGCGACCUCCCAUAUUUGGGUUUGCCCCUUACAACCCAAUCCUUGGCGAGACUCAUCAUGUCUCAAGGGCAAAUCUGAAUGUCCUACUUGAGCAGAUUUCUCACCACCCGCCAGUUUCUGCUCUUCAUGCAACUGAUGAGAAACAAAAAAUUCAACUUAUUUGGUGUCAACAAUGUGUUCCUAAAUUCAAUGGUAUUGCGGUGGUAAAUGAGGUGCGAGGGAAGAGACAACUUAAGCUCCUAAGUCGUGGAGAAAUAUAUGAAAUGAACUCUCCAGACCUCUUAAUAAGAAUUUUACCGACGCCUGGUGUUGAUUGGGAUGGAGAUGUUAGGAUCAGGUGCCCAGAGAAUGGCCUUGAAGCUGAGUUACACUAUGGACACAAGUCUUUUCUUGGGCUUAGAGGAAGUCAUAGAUCUGUCAAAGGAAAAAUCCUUGAAACAUCAACUAAGAGGACCCUUUUUGAAUUCAAUGGCAACUGGGAUAGAACUGUUACAAUGAAGGACAAUACUAGUAGAAAGCUGACAGUAAUAUACAAUGCAGAAGAAGUUUAUUCAGGCCUGAAAACGCCUAUUGUUAAUGAUUUACAGGGAGUACUGUCAACAGAAUCUGCUGCAGUAUGGAGUGAGUUAAGCGAGGCCUUAAUGAGACACGAUUGGCAGAAAGCAAAUGAAGCAAAGAAUGCGGUGGAGGAGAAACAGAGGGAGCUGUUGAGGGAAAGAGAGUCAAAAGGAGAAACUUGGGUUCCCCAACAUUUCACUUUGACUCGCAAUAAAGAUGGAGUAUGGGACUGUUUACCAAUUCAUCAAUGGGUUCCACCUGCUCCAAUUAUUGUGCCUCUCUCAUAAGCUAAAUUACUAAUUAAUUAAGAUAAACAAACAAUUAGUAGCUUAUAAGUAGUUCUAUGUGUCGAAACUUUUUUUUUAUUUUGAAAGCAAUGAGGAUUGACUUGUGAAAAAAUGUGGAGUCGCCAUCAAUCUCUUGAUUUAGGUGUGAUUGAGCCACCUACUAAAAUGCUUUAUUCAUGAAAAAUCAAAAAAGUAGGUUUGAGAGUCGGUUACGCAUAAGGAAGGGUUAGCACCCUCAUUACGCCUAAAAAUUGGUACCAAAUUAAUUUGAUGCUGU